AUGGGUAUUGGUGGUGUACUAAUGCAAAAUGGACAGGUAAUUGCUUAUGCUUAUAGACAACUGAAAGUUCAUGAAAGGAAUUAUCCUACGCAUGACUUAGAAUUUUCAUACGUAGUGUUUGCGUUGAAGAUUUGGAGACAUUAUCUUUUUGGCUCUAAAUUUGAAGUGCUUAGUGAUUACAAGACGAAUAUAAUGGUUGAUGCAUUGAGCACAAAGUCUUUGAAUAUGUCGAUGCUCAUGGUGCAUAAGUUGGAAUUGAUUGAAAAAUUUAGAGAUAUGAGUUUAGUAUGUGAAGCAACUCCUGAUAGUAAUGGAGGUGAGUUUCGAGUUGAUAAGAAUGGUGUGAUGAGAUUCAGAGAUAGAGUGUGUGUUCCAGAUAUCUCAGAACUUAAGAAGAGUAGUCUCGAGGAAGGACAUAAAAGUGGUUUAAGUAUUCAUCCAGGUUCUAUAAAGAUGUAUCAAGACUUGAAGAAGCUUUUUUGGUGGCUUGGUACGAAAAAUGAAAAUGGAAGUAGGAUAGUAUUUCCAUGGAUUUUUGUGUCGGGUUUGCCAAAGACUUCUAAGGGGAAUGAUUCUAUUUUGGUGAUAGUGGGUAGAUUAAGUAUUUUGGAUCAUUUCUUACCGAUGAAGAUUAAAUAUCCUAUGCAGAUGUUGGCUGAGUUGUAUAUCAAUGAGGUGGUGAAACUACGUGGAAUGUCAUUGAAUAUUGUGUCAGAUAGAAAUCCGAGGUUUAUGUCGGAUUUGAGUUCUUCUUAUCAUCCGCAAACAAAUGGUCAGAUGGAGAGAACUAUCCAAUCUUUGAAAGAUUUGUUGAGGGAUACUGUGUUAGACCAAGGGGGAGCUUAG